ACUAAUAACGUACGUAUGAGUGGCUCUUUUAUCUUCAUAAUCUCUAAUAAAAAAUGCUUAUUUUGCUCAACAGGAUCGGCCGCGACGCUGGAUCUUGGCUUCGACGUUCCUCCGCCAAUCAAAACCGUGACUGUCGAAGGGUCACGCCUCCUCAUACCCUGUCAGCCAAUCAGAGGCGAGAAAGGCUUGCCCAACGUGACCUGGACCAAUGAGGAGAGCGUAGUGAAUGAGCCCCGCCGCCACGUCUUGCCCAAUGGGACGCUUCUGAUCACGGAGGUGAGAGCGAGUGACGCGGGCCAAUACAGGUGUGUGCUGCGGCAGGGGACUCGCGCCGUGCUCUCCGCCCCCGUCGGCCUCGUCCUCGCAGGUAAGGCCGUUUAGCGGUGAUGUUCUUG